CGACUAAGCCAGCGUGGUCCACGUGAUGCUCUAGUUCCGUCUCUAUAUAUAUGCGUGCUGCGUGCUACGCUUAACCAGCACACAAUAAUCAGCAUCGUCAGACUAUUCCACGCAUAGGCCGCCGGACGAGAGCAUGGCCAAGCAGCUGGAAGACCACCGGAGCAACGACGGCGAGGUCGAGUUGGGGGCGAUGAUGACGACGGAGUGGAAGCUGGAACCGGGCGUCGCCAGCAAGCUGUUCGACGCCUUCACCGUCGCCGGCCUCUGCGUCGACGCCAUCGAGCCCGGCCGCGCCAUGAUCUGCUCUUUCACGGUGCCGCCGCGCCUUACGGACGCGAGCAAGCGCAUGCAUGGAGGGGCCUUGGCGUCUCUGGUCGACCUGGUCGGCUCGGCCGUGUUCUUCGCUGGCGGCUCGCCGACGACGGGGGUGUCCCUGGAGAUCACCAUCUCGUACCUAACCGCGGCCCGUGCAAACGAGGAGAUCGAGAUCGACGCGAGGGUCCUGGGCAUCGGCGCGACGGCGGGGUGCGUGACGGUGGAGGUCAGGAAGAAGGCCACCGGCGAGGUGAUCGCGCACGGCCGGCACACCAAGUACCUCGCCGUCUCCAGCAAACUGUGAUGUAUGGAUGGAUAUCGAUCGACGAUCAGGAUCGGAUGGAUGGAGCGCGUACGUACGCGCGCGCAUUAGGUCACUCUCUCGCCUAUAUAUAUGCAUUCCCUCGUGUAAUACAUAUACAUACAGUACGUUCUAAACACACGGUCACGGACUCACGCAGUCCAUGUCCAGCUCUACUUGUGUUUCCUCUCCAGUCUCCACCUGCUCUGCAGUUUCGCGU